UACACAAUGCUGGACCUAGUGAUACUGGAAACUAUUCUUAUGGUCUAGCAAAUGGAGACCACCUUUGUAAUUUCACUGUUAUUGUAGGAGAGUAUGUCUCUGAAUUAAAUUCAGUUGUUAUUUUGAUGGGUACAUCAAGACAUUUCUUUUGCUAUGCAAACGCAUCAAUACCUCUGGAAUUGGUCACAUGGUUGAAAGAUGGCGUUGAAGUACAAUCAACAAAAUAUAUUGUGAAUAAAUCUGUGAUUUUUCAGCUUAAUGCAGCUGCAGUUACAGAUUCUGGGAACUAUUCCUGUGUUCAAGGAAAUCAAUUAUUGGGGAGUGUAUAUGUCACAGUGGGAGAUAUUCCUCCUAAAGUUGAGAACUUGCAUUGUUAUUCACAUUACCAAGGUGAGAAUAGAUGCGAGUGGUCACCGAUUCCUAAUUCAGAAAAUAAUCUACAAACCAACUAUAAUUGCACUUGUUAUGAAGAGUAUCAAGGUGCAACAGUAAUUGGCAAGGUAACUAAUAGCACAUGCAAUUUGGAUGACCGCCUAAAUUCUGCAACUACAUGCAGUCUCACCAUUUUAAGUUACAAUGUUCUAGGAAGUGUGGCUGUUACAAAGAGUUUGACAUUUAAUUAUAUCAGUGUUUGUCAGCAUGACUGAUAUCAUGCUGAAAAAGAGUGGAAGACAGGUAGAAAUAUUCAUGUUUGAGUACUAUAUACUAGCAUUGUUGAUUAAUAUUUAGCUCCAUGAUGUGUAAGCCUAAUGCAGGAGUCACUUUGAAGCCUGGACCCACCCUCCUCAGAGGUCGCCAAAUAUCAACGUCGACUCGACGUCGAAGCCUAAGGUCAAUAAAUUUGUUGUUGUAGUCCUAACGUUCUUCUAUCUUGAUUGAGUUAAGCUUUAACCUACAAAUUUGAUGAAAGGUGUAAAGCUUUGACGGGUAAUUUGUGUUUUCUGGUGAUGGGAGAUCGAAUGCAUACCUAUUAAAGAUGAUGAAUGGUGUGAAGCUUUGACGAAUAAUUUGUGUUUUAUGGUGAUGUGACAUCGAAUCCACUACAUCGGUCAUGUCGAAAAAAUGUGGAAAUCAUUGUGGGUCAUUGUUUUCAAAUAACUAUCGUGAACGGCA